AAACAGAUAUACAGAGAAGAAAUUCCGUUCCUUUUCAGUGGAAUAAAUAAAGAAUGGAGUGUGCUUUUUGGAAGUGAAAGAUUAAAAAAUCAGUUUUUUUGGGUGGCACUGAAAGUUCAAUGUACGAGUUUUGAUUUCAGGGUUUUGGUUUGUUUCGUUUCUUUUUAUUUUAGCUUUUUCUCGGCAACCAAGCAGGUUGAGUUUUGUAAUAAUGCAAACGAGGUACGUGGAAGGGUCGAAAAGUAUGGCGUCGAGAGAGAAGAGAUGUUUGGAUUCCCCGAGUUCUGGAGAUGAAGGACCUGAUAGGAAACGUCCAGCUCUUGCUAGUGUCAUUGUUGAAGCUUUGAAGGUGGAUAGUCUGCAGAAACUGUGUUCAUCAUUGGAACCUAUUCUUCGUAGAGUUGUCAGCGAAGAAGUGGAACGUGCUCUGGCAAAACUAGACCCUCCCAAGCUUAAUGCUAGCAUGCAGGUCUUCUUCUACCCUAAACGGAUAAAAGGCCAUGAUGGGAGAAAUCUGCAGCUGCAAUUUAAAUCAAGGUUGUCCCUCCCUCUAUUUACAGGAGGGAAAGUGGAAGGAGAACAAGGUGGUGCUAUCCACGUUGUCUUGAUUGAUGCAAACACCGGUCAUGUUGUCACUUAUGGUCCAGAGUCCUCUGCCAAACUCGAUGUCGUCGUCCUCGAGGGUGAUUUCAACAACGAAGACGACGAUAACUGGACUCAAGAAGAAUUCGACAGCCAUGUCGUGAAAGAGCGUGAAGGGAAAAGGCCCCUACUAACCGGUGAUCUGCAGGUGAUUCUGAAGGAUGGUACGGGAACAUUGGGAGAGCUUACGUUCACCGAUAACUCGAGCUGGAUAAGGAGUAGGAAAUUCAGACUCGGGUUGAAGGUUGCUCCGGAUUCCUGCGAUGGUGUCCGUAUUCGUGAAGCGAAAACGGAUGCCUUCACAGUCAAGGACCACCGAGGAGAAUUAUACAAGAAACAUUAUCCACCAGCACCACAUGAUGAAGUGUGGAGAUUGGAGAAGAUAGGCAAAGAUGGGUCAUUUCACAAGAGGCUUAACAAAGCUGGGAUUUUCACGGUUGAAGAUUUUCUAAGACUCGUGGUUAGGGACUCACAGAGACUGAGAAAUAUCCUUGGGAGUGGAAUGUCUAACAAGAUGUGGGAUGUUUUGUUGGAGCAUGCAAGGACUUGUGUUCUAAGUGGGAAACUCUAUGUUUAUUACCCUGAUAGUGUGAGGAGUGUUGGCAUAGUGUUCAACAAUAUCCAUGAGUUGAGUGGCCUAACUGCAAAUGGACAAUACUAUGCAGCGGAUUCACUUUCGGACAAUCAGAAGGUUUAUGUGGAUGCCUUGGUAAAGAAGGCAUAUGAAAAUUGGAUGCAUGUUAUAGAGUAUGAUGGUAAAUCUCUACAAGACAGUAACGAAGACGAUAAUGGAGGUGCUUCACAAACUACUGUUUCGAUGGAUCCCCAAGGGUAUCCGAGUUCAAUUGACCAGCACCAGGUUCCCCCGAGCCUGUCUGUUCCGGUCCCUUCGGAGUAUCCUCCAAUGGAUUCCGGUCUAAAUGUUGGAGAUUAUGAAGCUUCCAUGGUCCAUCUCAAUGCUCAGACUCAGUUAAAUGUUAAUGAGCUAGCACAUGGUCCAUCUCAGUCAUCCAUGCCGGGUUUCCAUGGUGUCGCCACUCCUAACAUUCCGACGUACAAGCCACCGGCUCUUGAUGAUUUCUUGUCGGAGGAGGAGAUCGGAAUGAGAAGAAACGAGAUGGUCGAAAAUGAGGAGAUGCAGCAUCUUCUACGUAUCUUUAACAUGGGAAACCAUGGCCAUGCUAUUUUCAAUCCGUCUGAAGAUGGUUAUCCUUAUGCAUCGACACACAUACCGAACUCGUGUCCGAAUUACGGUUUCAACAACGAAGCUUCGAGUUCUUCGGGGAAAGCCGUGAUGGGGUGGCUGAAGUUCAAAGCAGCCCUUAGAUGGGGCAUCUUCACUCGGCAAAAGGUGGCCGAAAGGCGGGCACACCUCGUUGAGUUGGAUGAUCUAUAAGCAAAGUUGCUUGGAUAUGGUGUUAGAAUCAUGUACAUCAUGUGGCCUGGUACUAAUCUAACCAGAUCGAGAAUGCACAAAAACACGUUCGUUCAGGCUCAAUUCAUUUACAGCGUUAAGAGCAACACUGCAACAACAUUUCUCGGUACAGUAAUCUUCCACCAUAGCUAGCAAUUGUAGGUGGUGUCGUAAGAGAGGAGACGUGAAAUGUAGUAAUAGAUGUAUUCCUAUUCCAUUGAUAUGUAACAUAAAAAAAGGGUCGUAUUCUGGAGAAAGUCCUUUUUCUAUUUAUUUUUGUGGAUUUAGUCCCUUUAUUGAAGCGUUUAUUUUCAA